AUGCCCUUGGCCGAGUGCUUGCUGUACAAUAGAUAUGUUCCCCCAUCCAAUGGUGCUGGUAAUGAGUAAGUAUAGGCAGUUUAAAACGCAUGUCGAAUAUCUCGGCCGAGGGCAAAUUAAAAUUUUCGAUUGCUAUGUGCCCAGCGCCGAUGCAAAAUUCAAUGAAAUCUGAGCGUCUCGCAUGAGCUUUUCCCUUGAGAUAUGUGACACUUUGAGCUCGAGUUUGGCCAAAACUAUAAGCCAGUGACGGAUAUGGACUACAGUGGGGGACCGGAUCCAUUGGAAAAAAACGUAUCGUUUUGCAUCCGGGAAGUAUCAAAAAUGUGGCAAAAUGCUUCCCUCUCCAAGUGAAAAGACUCCGAUUUCAAAAGCGCGCCUGCUCUUUUCGUGAGGAAAAAGGGCGCGCCCUAACGAAGUUUUUUACUUGGAGAGGGAAGCAUUUUGCCACAUUUUUGAUAGUUCCCGGAUGCAAAAUGGUACGUUUUUUGUCACUGGAUCCGGCCUCCCACUGUAUUUCGGAUUUGAGGUCGCAAAGUCCAAGAUUCGAUUUAAGUGACUGUGACAUUUCGACAAAAGACUCAAUAUCCAGGAAAAUGGGGAGCUCUCAAAACUUUCCACGCUCCACAGGAAACUCAUUUUUUUGCUCUACUUUCAACUUUCAGAUUCAACCGUCUCGACAGUACCAGAAUGCAUAUUGAGCUGCUGGCUCGGUAUGGAUGUACUCCACAAGUCAUAACCACCGCAGCUCAACUAAUCAAAGACAGUUUCAAUGAUGACGGUUGGGCUACUACCGGGGAUGACACCCAUGCCAUCGGCACGGUAAGACUAAUUUUUCAUAAGUUUUCGAACCCUCGAGUCAUAUUAAAAAUAUUCUUAAACCUAUUGGAAUUAUGGUUAAUUAGACACAAUCAAAACAACGUUCGCAGACAAUCUCCAAGGCUAUUUGAAUCACGAGGAAAUUGGAAAAAAGUUACACUGGGAAUUAAUUAAAGUUACAAUUAAUUCCUUCCUCCACAACUGGGUGGUAUAGACAGAAAAAAACAGGACUCAACGAUCAAGAAAACAAUUAAUUAGUGGAUCCAAAAAAUUUCGAUUUUUUCAGGGAAUGGAAAAAGCGUUCGGCGGGAAGUGGAUGGUCGGUGAAUUUAACGCCGAAUUUGAUGUGGCUUAUACAAUUGUACGACGAUCACCGACCUACAUGUUGUUCUUGGUCAACAAACGACACAUUUUGAUCGCAAAGGAAGGACUCAAUGACCGACUGAACACUGAGCAUAUCAUUUUUUAA